AGAUCAGUAAUCGUUGAGGUCACAGUGAGUUCAACGAUUUUUUCAUGGCUGAACAUCAGCCAUUCAAGGUUCAUCAGCCGCCGGAAAUCAUAGUCCUCGGCCCACCGUCCGUCUUCAAAGUAUACGACAAACAAUUCUCUUCAAGAUUCCGAGUUUUACGGCCAUGGGAGUCGCCGCUCUCCCUGCCUCAAUUCCUCGCCGCCGGGGCCCAGAACACGCAGGCGGCCCUCAUCUCCGGUGGCUUCCGAUUCACUUCGUCUGUGCUCCACCAUCUCCCCUCAAUACGCCUGGUGGUCACCACGAGUGCGGGCAUCAACCACAUAGACCUCGUCGAGUGCCGCCGCCGCGGUAUCGCCGUCGCUAAUGCUGCCAGUAUCUUCUCCGCUGAUGUAGCUGACCUCGCGGUGGGGCUCCUCCUUGAUGUCUUGCGGAGAAUCAGCGCCGGCAAUCGGUUUGUGAAAAGUGGGCUUUGGCCUGUGCAGGGAGCCUACCCUCUUGGCUUCAAGUUGGGAGGCAAGAAAGUAGGAAUUGUGGGACUAGGAAGCAUCGGCCUUUAUGUAGCAAAGAGGCUUGAAGCAUUCGGCUGUGCAAUAUCAUAUAGUUCAAGGAAGGAAAAGCCAUCUGUUUCAUAUGCAUUUUACCCCGAUAUCUGCAAAUUAGCAGCUAACUCUGAUAUACUCGUGAUCUGUUGUGCGUUAACUGAACAAACUCAUCAUAUGAUCAACCGGGAGGUUCUCUUGGCUCUUGGAAAGGAAGGGGUACUUGUUAAUAUUGCGCGUGGGGCUGUGGUAGAUGAAAAGGAACUGGUUUCUUGUUUGCAGAACGGAGAGAUUAGCGGUGCUGGGCUGGACGUGUUUGAAAAUGAACCUAGCGUCCCUAAAGAGCUUUAUGAACUCGACAAUGUGGUUUUGUCGCCACACUUUGCUGUCUUCACAGAGGAAUCAAUGUGGGAUUUGUAUGAACUUAUGUGUGGGAAUUUGGAGGCCUUCUUCUCGAAUAAACCUUUGCUUUCUCUUAUUCCGGAGGAGUAGAGUCAUGGACUCGGACCUCUCGUCUGGUGGUAUGUAUCACAUGUUUCUUGGUUGCUAUGGAGUACUCUCAGAUCUUUAUUGCUUCUGAUGGCCUGUGAAUGAUGAUGCAUCAUUGUUUGGGUUUCUUGAGUCAGUGAUUUUGUGAUGAAUUAUGAGUUCAAUUACUGGAUUGGCUCUGGGUAUUAACACUAAACUGUACACCAAUGACACGAUAAAAGUGUAUUGAAUUUGUAUUGGUUCAGGUUUGGUUUAAUCCGGUCCGAAUAAGAAUUUGCUCUCUGUAAAUACAUACACAAUGAUCUUCAUCCAUUUUAUCCAGAUCAAAAGCUAUGCGCUUUGUUUGUUUUCA